AUGUCGAGUGAAGAGCACACCACGGGCGUGCUAGUGGGGUACGCAUUCGGCGGCGUCGCAUACCGGCUGUGGAGCGCCGCAGCUCCCUUCCAGAUUAUCUGCGGGGCCUUCCUGUUCAACCUUGCUGUCCAGUGCAUAUUCCUAAAAAGAGAAGCUUAUAUUGAGACGCAGGACGAGCCGCGCUCGACGGGCGCAGACGACACGGACUGGGGCAGCAGCGCACGUGCCGUGGCAGCGGGUGCGGGCGCCGUGUUACUCACGACGGCGGUGCCAGCCGCGCUGGAGCCCUGCCUGCCGCUGUGGAGCCUGCACAGGUUCAACACGCAGCGUUGGGAAAUGGGAACAAUAUUUCUGCCAGACAGCUUGGGGUACUUCCUGGUAACGAGCGGGUUCCCGCUGGUGAAGUGCCCUGCGGCGCUGAGCGUGGAGUGGGUGGCCCUGGCGGGGACAGUGGCCGUGGGCGUAGGAGCCGCUCUUCUGCCGUCCGCGGGGUCGCUGGGCGCGCUAGCCGUGUGUCAGUUGGUGAUCGGUAGCGGCAUCGGCGCGGUGGACGCUGCCCUCGUGCCAGCGCUGCUCGCGACCGACGAGUGUCGCGCCGUACCGCGCCGCGCCGCACUGCUGCAAGCAGCGUCCAGCGCCGCACUGGCCGCAGGUCCAGUGGUGGGCGGCGCAGGUUCCUGGCUGGUAGGGUUCCCCCGCACCGUGCGCCUCAUGGCCGCCGCCACACUACUGUACGCCGCAUUACUGUACGUACACCUGGUGAAGAACCCGCUCUCGGAACAGUGGGGAGCCCGCCGUGUCGACCCCGAGGUGACGGAGCUCACUCACCUGGCUGCACCGUCUGCGGCGUCGGUAGGCACACGCGCCGCACAACCCUCUACCUACCGCGCCGACCGACAGCCGAUGUCCAACACGCCGACCGGGCCCGAGAGCUGUCAGCGUUGCGCUGUCAAUGUCACUGGGCUGAAUCACUAACGGUCGUUCCCAAUAUUCAGUCUAUCUCCAGUUGUGGCCUACUUGAGAUAUAAAUCGUAACUAUCGUUGUCUUUUCUGUCCCAAUAAACUUAUCGACGGUAAUACUAUACCAGUGGGAGGCUGCUUUGCACAGGAUGCCGGCUAGAUUAUGGGUAUUUCUGCCGUGAAGCAGUAAUAUGUAAGCAUUACUGUGUGUCGGUCUGAAGGGCGCCGUAGCUAGUGAAAUUAGUGGGCAAAUGAGACUUAACAUCUUAUGUCUCAAGGUGACUGCAUUGUAGUGGACAGGGCGUAUCAAUUACCAUUAGCUGAACAUUUUGCUCGUCUUGUCCCUUAUUUUCAGAAAAAAAAAGAUGUCACCUUAUCCGUACACGUUGUCUGUCAACGGGAGUACGUAUAGCUUACCAGCGAUAGAAGUUUGUAUGGAAAUCGCAAGACACGCGUCCCAAUAUAAGGCGAUAAGAAUGACAUAAUCAGGUAUAUUGGGACAGCUUCAGAUUACUGACAGUAGAAGGUAGUAAUUUAUCUCUAUCUGUAGAUAGUAUAUUGGGAACGGCCGUAAAUAGACGAGCUUUAUAGCCGAGUGUUUAGCCACCCUGCCUACUAAGCUUGAGGUCCCGGGUUCGAAUCCCGGUAGGUGCAAACAUUUAUGUGAUGAAUAUGGAUGUUUGUUUCCGAGUCAUGGAUGUUUAUAUAUAUUUAUGUAUGUUUAAGUAAGUAUAUCGUAUUAAAUAUAUCGUUGUCUUGCAACCUAACCUUGCCAAAUUUUGGGCAAGAUAAGUUGUGUCAAAGUGUGUUAAUAUUAUUAUUAUAAAUACUAAUGUUAAAUUCAUAUAAAUAUUUGUUUAAAUAGUGCUCAA